AAGAACAACGGCUAAAUGGACCUGGCAUGUGGGGUGCUGGGCAGCGAAGCGGCAAUAAUGUUACAGGUGCAGAAGAUGAAAGGGAAAGUGGGUGUAGCGGUGUUGUACCACUACCCCUGCCCCGACGGCGCCUUUGCUGCUUUGGCCGCUCAUCUUUACUUCUCCUCCCUCUCUUCUCCGCCGCCGCCUCUCUUCUUCUUCCCCAACACCGUCUACUCUCCACUUACGCCCCGAGAUCUUCCUCUCUCUCAAAUCGAUUCUGUCUACCUCUUGGAUUUUGUCGGUCCUCCUGCUUUUCUUCAUCACCUUUCCUCGAGUGUUCGCCGUGUUAUCGUAUUGGAUCAUCACAAAACUGCACUUGAAAUGUUGGGUGCUGGGACUUGUGUUACUGGAAAUGUGACCAAAGUGAUAGACAUGGAUAGGAGUGGGGCUACUAUUGCCUAUGAUUAUUUCAUGGAAAAGCUCUUAACUGCUGGCAACAGGGAUACCAAUAAUGCAGCUGUUGAUUACAGCACCUUAGAUCAGGGAAUCCAUGAAUUCCGAAGACUCCGCCAACUCUUUCGAUACAUUGAAGACAGAGAUUUGUGGAGAUGGAAACUCCCUGACAGUAAGGCAUUUAGCAGUGGUUUUGAUGAUUUGAAGAUUGAAUUUGAUGUCAGAUUAAAUCCAUCCAUGUUUGACCAGUUGCGCUCUUUGGAUCUUGAGUCUCUCAUAUCUCAAGGAAAGGUGAGCAUAUCUCGGAAACAGAAAUUAAUAGAUGAUGCCCUUGAUCAGUCAUUCGUAAUAGCACUUGGUGGUGGAACAUUUGGACAUUGCCUGGCAGUAAAUGCGGAUGCUUUAUUUGAGCUGAGAAGCGAGCUUGGCAAUCAGUUGGCUAUUAAAAGUUUUGAAAUGAAGUUGAGGAGGAUUGGAGCUGUUGUAUACAAGGUACCUGAGCUUGAAAAUGACCAAGUGUUGAAAAUCAGCCUAAGGAGUGUUGACAUUGAGGAUACAACUCCCAUUUCUCAGGAAUUUGGUGGUGGUGGGCAUCGCAAUGCUAGUUCAUUCAUGUUAAAAUCUGCCGAGUUUGAGAAGUGGAAGGUUAUCAAUAGCACAAGUGAAUACCUCGUGGCCUGGCCAAAAAAUAGCACAAGUGAAUGCAUUUAAGCACAUAUGUUUCAGCUUUUGUUGGACUACUACCUUUGGGCAUUCUUCAGAUGUUAGACCUUUACUGCUUAUGUUGUUGGCCAAGCAACAUGUGAAAGUGAUAUAGUGAGCUUGCACAAUAUUGAAAAGAUUAGAAGGGCAAUUUAGAAAAAUGAAGGCAUCAGCCAAGAUUAGGCAGGCAGGCAGGCUCCUAUGAGCAAUUGAAAGAAAUGGUACAGGCUUGUUUGAAUUUAUUAAAAUACAUUAUUGUGUGACAGACAUGUUAUGCAUCAUUCUACUGCUGCUUUCUUUGUAUCUCUGUGAAGAAGAAUCCACUUGCAAGGGAAGUUGUAUUCAUAGCUGAUUGUAAGGCUUGGCUCUCCUCGCCCCUUCCUUUCUUUCUGAUGUGAUUGUAGGACCUGGUUCUCCUCGGCCCUCACCCCUUUCUUUCUGA